ACCGCGCAAACGCACAAGAGCCAUAGCCAAGGGAUUUGCGCACUUUCUAUCGGCUUUAUGUGGAAGGGAAAAGAAAAUCACUGACCCAGAAGCGCCAGAAGUUCCAGAUGAGGGUGAUAUCAUUCGUAGAGUUUUAAAAGAUUAGAUUGGGCCCACACGUGCAGCCCGUCAGGCUGGAAAGUGGCAGCACCACAGUGUUUGUCACUGCCCCAGAGAACGCUCGAGAAUGCUUCUCACAUUGAUCAUUACGGCUCAGAUGCCUCUUCGCAUCGAUCGUACUUCGCCCGCAUCACAUCGUUCCCUGCCCUGUCCUGAAUCUGUAGCACUCUGCUGCCCCUGCUCACGCUGAUGCUGCUUCCCUCCCCUCCCCUUGCCCUCGACCCCGACCCCGACCCCAAAGCCAACAUUCAUGCACCACUUCUGCACACUGUACUCCAAUUUCUUUACGCUCCAGCUCCAGUUCCAGUUCCAGCUGCAGCUCGCUCGCUAGCUCGCUCCGUCAUGUCCCGUCCGUUUCCUACCUCGACGACGCCGAGGCCUACCGCUACGCUAGUCCAGCUGAUCCAGAACUAGAACUGGAACCGGACACCGAGCCAGAGCCAGAGCCAGCUGAGAUUCUAGCUCCCGACGUCUUGUGAUCCACUGGUCCCCUACUUUCCGCAUGGCAGCAGCUCGCUCUCCACAAGAUGCCAACUUUCCAAGACGGUUGACGGCUCCAGUGCUCGUCCCGUCUUCGCGCCGGGCGAGAGUGAGGCCGAGGCCAAGCGAGCCUACAUGAGCCCCGUAGUUAUAAUACUCGAAGGCCUCCGCCACCCAGCAAAACAGGGAGCGAGGGAGGAGGGAAAAGAGCGAGAGGGGCGCGAGACCUGGAAGCUAGUGAACUCUGGCGAAUGAUGCAGUGAGGGGGCGGCUGACUGUGAGUGACUGAGCCUCGCGAGUCGAGGGAGCUCCUCCCAUUCGCACCCGAUGAGAUUCCUUCCUCCCGGCUGAUGUCGAGUCGACGAUUCUGGAGAUCGUGACUCCAAGUGACGGGAUGGAUGGGUCGGGUGAGAUUCAGAUGUAAUGAGGUUUCAGGAGGCAGCUGUGGAUUCUGCUGCGUUAUUACAGUCGGAGGGAAUGGAGGCAGGGAGAGAGGGAAGGGGCCCUCAGGGACUCUCCCCUCUCUUCCCUUCCCUGUGACAGCUAUGCGCGACAAACUCAAAGUGAUCCUGAUGACUGCUGGUGUCAGACCAUCUGCACCACAGAGUAUCAACGGAAGUGGCAGCACAUGCUACUGCCCAGUACCACUCAUAAGCUCUCGACGCCCCGCCAGCUCCAAAGCUUUCGUGCUUCCCUCUCUUUAGUACUCCCCGCCAUUCCUCCCUCUCUCGGAGCUCAUCUCUCGCCUGCAUCGUAGGCCGAUGCUUCGGCGAGGGUACUACUCUGCCUACUGCUCUGCCAGCUCCCCACAGCAUUGCGCCCACAACGACUGGACCGGGCUGAGCUGGGCUUCGGUCCCUCGUGCAAGGCCAUGGACCGGGAAGCGUCGCUCGCUGCGUCGUCGUCGCCGUGACCCGUCAUUCCCGGUUCGCGCCGCUUCAGACCAGCGCAUCGUCGUGCGCCUCAGAGCAGGCUUGCCUGAUUGGCAACCGGCGUCGACCUCCGCCUUUCUAAUUCGAACCGGCUGCUGCGAAAUGGCGCCCUUUCCACAUCCGGAAGCGGGUCCAGUCAAAUCCCUCCCUCUUUGGGCCAGUCCCUCCCGUCCCGUCCUCCAUCGCCGGACGUCGCAUGACCUUUCUUUCUUGUCCUCUUCCGGCUCGUCUCUCUCUCCGGCAGGCCCGCCGGUCCGUCGCCGACCCUUGUUGGCAUCAUCGGACCGGUGAUUGGGCAAGAGGGGAGCUCCAGUGGCGAGUGGAUAGGUCUUGCCAAUCGAUCAUGUCCACGUGGCUGGAUGUGAGGGAACGUGAUCCUUUCGCUGCUGUCAUCGGCCAGGUUUCGGGCUCCACGUGGAGGUUUUUGUCGCUUGUCCAUGUAAGCUGACGGUGAAGGGACGAGCAGUUCGCGGCCAAUGUUCGCAGAGAGCGAGAGAUUGCGAGAGCGAGAUUGCGGAGCCCGAAUCUAUGGCGGAAUAGCGACUCGUCGUGCCGAGGCUCCUGUUGCUGCUGCUGCUGCUGCUGCUGCUGCUGCUGUUGCCGCAAGCUCUCACUGUCGAGGAAUGGCGCCCCGCGCGAAUUCCCUCUGCUGUCCGUAAGGCUCAGGGAAUGGAUUCCACAAGUUGUUACACUGAUGCGGGUGGCUGAUUCAGAAGCUGCUCUGCACUGUGGACAUGUCGAUGGUUCAAAUUCACUGAGACGCAAAUUCUUGCUGGAACAGGAACGCAGCACUGGGGCGCACAUGCGGGAUGGGCUAGAGGAAAGGAAGCAGCUGUAGGCCUCGUCUGGGAAUAAUGACUUCCAUUUGCAGCCCCCAUCAGCGUUGCUGCCACAAGAUGCAGCAGUCGUAUGUGUCAGGCCACAUGGGCGGAGGAAGCUGGAAACACCCACAGAACAGCGUUUGUGUAAACUCGGCCAUAAAAAGUAUCCCUCUUAGAACCAGAGAAUGUGUACAGCUUUGGAAAACCUCGUGUAGCAGCUAUGCAGCGUGCAGCCAGCCUAUGGUGUUGGGGGCAGUUGUUGAAGGAUACCCUCUGCAAGUAAGCAAGGAUGUGACGGUCAGCGCUGAGGAAUUUUCCUCGGAAGUGGCUCCCAAAAAGCGCAGAGGACGAAUUGCGAAGGAGCAAGUGGACCAGAAGGUGAGUGUGUCUACUUCUACGAUUGAAACAUCAACCACCACGACCGUCACCACAGUUUCAGCAACACCACUCGCAGCUGCAGCGGCAGCAGCAGAAAUCGCAGGGUUGAGGAUUUUUGAAGGGCAUGGAUUCACCAAAGCCGAAGUGAAGGUGGAGAUGAAAACUGACAAGUGCACUCUUCAGCUGUCCGAGAUGGGGGUGGAAAUGCCAGCUCUGGCGAGGUGCUUCGACCAGUCCAGGGGUGUUCCAGAAAUGCAAUGGCAGCAUGUGCUGACGGUUCUAUCGGAGUUCGGGGUGAGUGACAGUGAGCUGGUGGUUAUCAUCACCAAGGAGCCCAGUGUUCUGGGAGGAGACGCAAAUUCGAUGAAGCAACUAUUAAAUUUUGGCGUAGGGCAGGGCAUAGAUUCUGCUGUCGUAAUCUCGAUGUGUAAAAUGUGGCCAGGUUUGCUGUUCCAAAGCGUCGACCAUGUCACUCAAGUGAUCGACUACUUCACAUCCGUAGGUCUGUAUAGAGACGAGCUGAUCAAGAUCAUUAAACUGCGCCCUCAGCUCUUAGGACACCAAAUAGACCGAAUAAAAUACGUCGUGGAUUGUCUGCUGGACUGCGGAGUGCCGGUGGAGGAUCUGCCCAGAAUUAUAAGAAAGGCACCGGAACUCUUCUCCAACACUACGUUUUUAAAUAUGGCCUCCAACUUGGAAUUUCUCGUCAGCAUGGGUCUGGGCGCAGGGGCUCUGGGUAAGGCUGUGGCACGGCGGCCCAAUCUUUUGAACUACAGCUUAGACAGUAUGAAGAGUACGGUUCAGUAUCUUUUAAGCUUUAUGAAACCAUGGGACGUGCCCAAGCUCAUUAGAAGGUAUGCCGAGGUGCUUGUGCUCGACCCUCACAGAAAGAUGCACCCCAUGAUCAACUACCUGAAGUACCUCGGGGUGAAAUCCAAAGACAUCGGCAAAGUAGUAUUACGUAGGCCCCAGCUGCUCGGAUACACAAUCCCGGGACUUGAGCCCAGUGUGAAGUGUCUCAUGGAGUUCGGUGUAAAGCAAGAAAUGAUCGGAAAGGUUAUCACUACUGCUCCUCAGAUCUUGACCUUGAACGUGGACGACAAGCUUAGGCCAGUGGUGGAGUUUUUCCGCUCGAUGGGACUGAACAAAGAACGCGACAUAGAGCUGCUACUAGUUCGGAACGGGCAGAUCCUUUGCUGCAGCAUAGAGAAGAAUCUGCGGCCCAAGUUCGAAUUCUUACUUGGUCUGGGUCUUAGCACCACGGACAUCGCCAACAUGAUUGUCCUCUUCCCGUCGAUGCUGGGCCAGAGCAUCGAGGGCUCCCUCGGUCCCAAGUACAAUUACUUGGUCAACGUGAUGAAACGAUCAGUAGAUGAGGUUAUCGACUUUCCCCAGUACUUUGGAUAUAGCUUGGAGAGAAGAAUCAUUCCCAGACACGAGAAACUUCACAGCAAAGCAAUAUCUACCAGCCUUCCGUCGAUGCUGGCUUGCGUGGAUCAUGAUUUUGAGGUGCGGUACCUGCAGGGGAAACCCCCUACUCGUGCACCGUAUAAGGCCCGCAGGAAAGUCCUUAGCUAGAAAAGAAAAUGAAAGUUGGCACACUGUUCUAUUCCAUUCCACUCCUUUCCAUACAUCUCCUUACCUUUCCAAUUCCAUUCUGUCCCUUGUAGAUCUCAUGCUCAGCUCUUGACGGUGCCAUUUUUGUGCGUUAAGCACUGUGAAAUCCAUGUUUGAAAGAAAGCCCAUCCUACUCAAUAAUCAUUGUCGUCGUCGUCAUCAUCAUCAUCGUGCAUGCAUGCUGUGCAAAAGCCAGUUAGUCAGUCUGUCUGUCACCAUGAUUUAAAGAAAGGAUUAAAGAGAAAUUUGUUGAAUGGGC